AGAUUCCUGCUGCAGCAAGACUGUUAUAUUUUGCGCUUUAUAAAGACAAAAGAAUUGUUAAACCAUGAAGUUGAUUCUACAAUCUAUUCUCCUGACAUUAGCCUUGAUAUCAAACACAACUAAUGUUUUAGGACAACUACCCGACUUUGAGUUGCCUUCAACAACAACUCAUAUUGAAACGAAUGCACCACCCUUAGAUACGUCUACCACUAGAGUCAUUGAGAAUCCUCCUACAACAACUACUAUUGAAACAAGCGCGACGAAUGCACCACCCUUAGAUACGUCUACCACUAGAGCCAUUGAGACUCCUCCAACAACAACUACUAUUGAAACAAGCGCGACGAAUGCACCACCCUUAGAUACGUCUACCACUAGAGCCAUUGAGACUCCUCCAACAACAACUACUAUUGAAACAAGCGCGACGAAUGCACCACCCUUAGAUACGUCUACCACUAGAGUCAUUGAGACUCCUCCAACAACAACUACUAUUGAAACAAGCGCGACGAAUGCACCACCCUUAGAUACGUCUACCACUAGAGCCAUUGAGACUCCUCCAACAACAACUGCUAUUGAAACUAUCAAAAAGACCGCAGCACCCUUAAAGACGUCUACCAAGAAGAUACUUGAAGGGACUAAAAGUCCAAACAAAGGAAAACAAGGCGCCGAGGACAAAGGAAAACAAGGUGCCGAGGACAAAGGAAAACAAGGUGCCGAGGACAAAGGAAAACAAGGUGCUGAGGACAAAGGAAAACAAGGUGCCGAGGACAAAGGAAAACAAGGUGCCGAGGACAAAGGAAAACAAGGUGCCGAGGACAAAGGAAAACAAGGCGCCGAGGACAAAGGAAAACAAGGCGCCGGGGACAAAGGAAAACAAGGCACCGAGGACAAAGGAAAACAAGGCACCGAGGACAAAGGAAAACAAGGCGCCGGGGACAAAGGAAAACAAGGCACCGAGGACAAAGGAAAACAAGGCACCGAGGACAAAGGAAAACAAGGUGCCGAGGACAAAGGAAAACAAGGUGCCGAGGACAAAGGAAAACAAGGUGCCGAGGACAAAGGAAAACAAGGUGCCGAGGACAAAGGAAAACAAGGUGCCGAGAAAAAAGGAAAACACGAUUAAACCUUUUUUUUCUAAUUUUCUCUUUAGUAACAUUCAUUUUUUUCUCUUUAUAAGAUUGCUAAUGAAAACAAGCUAAAAAUGAAAAUAUUUUUUUUAAAAGCUUAUUGGAAGUGUAAUUGCAUCGUAUUAUUAAAUUCGUAAAAGAUACAGACCAACAAUAAUAAAAUCUCUGUGAUUCAAAU